GUGGGCAAGCACAAAGUUGGCAAGUACAAGAUAAGCAAGCACAAGGUUGGCAAGCACAAGAUGGGCAAGCACAAGGCAGGCAAGCACAUGAUAGGCAAGUACAAAGUAAACAAACACAAGGUGGACAAGUAAAAGUAGACAAGCACAAGGUGAACAAGCAAAUAAUGGACAAACAUAAG